AUGGAAGACAAGAAACGAAUAAAAAGGAUUUUUGUCAACGACGUCCAUCGAUAUUCCUCCAAGAACAUUGCAGAGUUUUUAUCAGGCUGCAGUUCCGGAGAGUCCCCAGAGGAUCGUGGACGUCAAGCUGCUUUUGAGGUGGUGGGGACUACGUCUUCUUCCUCCUGCAGGGAGGACGGGUCAAAGUCACUGUUCGAACAGUACGAGUCACCAACCAGAAAUGAGCUUUUUCAGCACCUGUUGGAGUGUGAUGUAGUGGUUUAUAACAUCUCAGAAACUACUGCACAACAACAGAUAGAAGAAGCAACGUGGGCAUUGACAGCCCUUCAUGCUGAGAUGGAGAACUUCAAAUAUGGUAAAAUAUUCAUCCUAGUCUCCACUGUAUUGACGUGGGCCAGGACCAAACCUCAAAACCCGGAUGACACUGAUGCUGUGCUAACAGAGGAGGAGUUCAGACGCAGAAGGCCUCAUCCUAGUUUCAGACAGCACCACAACCUGGAGAAGCUCGUGCUGAAAUUGACUAAAGGCCAGAAGACCAAACUAAAUGGUUAUGUCGUAGGUAGUGGUAUCCAGUAUGGCCGGGGGGAGAAUCUCUUUCACUAUUUUUUUAAGGUUUCAUGGCUGAUGCAGUUUCCAAAAGUUCCUGUUUUUGGCGAAGGCACAAAUCACAUUCCCACGAUUCACGUAUAUGAUCUUGGAGGGGUGAUCCAGAAUAUUAUCGACCUCAAGCCAAAGUCAAAGUACAUACUUGCCAUUGACUCUUCGAUGAACACUUUUGGUGAUAUUGUGCAGAGGAUAAGCAAUCUUCUCGGGCCACAACAAAUCCAGACGUUACCAGAGCAGGAAGCCAUCGCCAUGGAAGCCUUCAAGACGGAGGAGCUGGAGUACCUUAAGAUCAACCUCCGUCUGGACGCCUUCAUCAUAAAGGACUCUUUCAAGCUCGACUGGGUGUCUGAGGCCGGGAUGGUUGAAAAUAUGGAGAGCAUUGUGGAGGAAUACAGAGACACCAGACAACUCCUGUCUGUUAAAAUCUGCCUGGUUGGGCCUCCAGCUGUGGGAAAGAGCAGUGUUGCAGAGAAGCUCUGCCAUUUUUAUCAAAUCCCCCACAUCAGGGUGCAAGGCCUCAUCGAAGGGAAGAUGAAGGAACUGAGGGAGCGAUCGACUGAGACUGACCCUGACCUGGUCAGUGAGGAGGAGGCAGCUGCUGCACAGAAACAACUGAGAACUAUUGAGAAAAGAAUGAAUGAAAAUGAAGGUCAACUGGCUGAUCUGAUUUGUGAGAUUUUGCUUGAAAAGCUGAAUUCCAAACAGUGUAUCAACCAAGGGUUUGUCCUUGACGGCUUCCCUGAAACUCAAGAAGAAGCCAAAAGGAUUUUCUCUGGUGAGUUUCAGCCCUGCCACAACUUCAUGGAGGAAAACCAGGAUUUGGACUCUGGUUUGAAAACCCCCGUGUACAACAAGAAGAUCACUCCAGAGUAUGUUUUUGAACUUCAAGCUAAAGACGAUUUCCUGAUCAAGAGAGUCCAGGAGCUUCCGGAAUGUGUGGCGGAGCAGAUGCAUUACACUCAGGAUGAGUUUGUUUCUCGUCUGAAGAGAUACCGGCAGCUCAGUGGCGCCGAGGACACACUGCUGGACUACUUUGAUGAGCUGGAGAUCCACCCAGAACACAUUGAGGUCACUGUGGACAAUCCAGCGAACGCAGACGUCAUGAAGAACAUCACAGAGACUGUCGGGCCUCCCAAGAACUACGGCCUGAGUCCGGAGGAGCAGGAGGAGGAGGAUCGGAGGAAAGAGAAGGAGGCGAGGGAGAAACUGGCUGCACAGGCCUGUGAGAGGAAACACAGGAAGGAGGCAGCGCUGGCUGAGAUGACCACUCAGUACGAGGAGUGGAAGAAGAACGUGUCAGAGGUGAAGCGGCAGGAGGACGAGCUGCUGGAAGCGCGAGCUCUUCCUCUGAGGAGCUACCUGAUGAAGCACGUGAUGCCCUCGCUGGCCGCCGCCAUGACGGACUGCAGCAAGAUCAAACCCGAGGACCCCGUGGACUUCCUGGCUGAACAUCUUUUACGGAACAUCCAUCAAGAAGAGGACAAACAGUUCUAA